CUAUAACCGUCACCGCCACUACGAAGGCAGAGUAUCCUGCCUUUAUAUAUAUAUAUAUUGAGGCUUAUAUCCUAGAUAGAUUGUCGAGUUGUGUUUGUCCCUCUUUGCAUGUUAUUUAAACUUUUGAUAUUGAGCCAAACCUAAAACUCACCCGUUGCAUGAAUCACAUGACCCACAAUCGAAAAAAAAUGAUUUUCACUUUAUCUCGCGCAGGCAGCAAGAGCAUCAAGACAUCGACAAGAGAAGAUAGCAUCUGAUUCCAUUUCCCUUGCCAUCUCCCUUCGAUCAACCCUUUCUCACCCAAAUUUACUACCGUCUAUUCCGCCAAAAUGGAGAACGAGAAGGGCGAAAUCGUCGAUCUCUACGUCCCACGCAAGUGCAGUGCCACCAACCGUAUCAUCAAGGCCAAGGACCAUGCUUCCGUCCAAAUCAGCAUCGCUAAGGUUGACGAGAACGGCCGAUACACCGGUGAAAACCAGGUCUAUGCUCUCUCCGGAUUUGUACGAGCUAUGGGCGAGGGUGAUGACAGCUUGAACCGUUUGGCUCAGCGGGAUGGAUUCUUGAAGAACGUCUGGAGCGCAAGCCGAUAAGCGUGAGGAGAGAAACAGUGGUUUAGACGUCAAAUGGUACCUAUCACCCGCACAUUUACGUUACCCGAAAGCAGACAAAAUAUGUGACUGGGAACCUAAGAGAAUACUGAAGGAGUAGGAUAAAUGCUGAUAUGAUCUUUUGUGCAGGUCGAUUUUCUUGAAACGAGGUCGGAAUGGUCAAUGGGAAUGAAUAUUUCAGGAAUUUCCGAUGUUAUGAAGACUCUGGCGCUACUCUAAUCUUUUUGGAGGAUGCGACGAUACAAACCCAUUGAAUAAGAAGAUAAUGGUGGAAACGAACAGAGCAAAAAAAUUGAAAUAAAUUAAAAUUUCUAAAUAAUUCCUUCUCGUUGCCAGCUCACCUCAGGCUCCGCAUACACCAUUUUCCUUCCUGGAUAGCCAAGUGGCUAGAGCGCAAUAAUCAUAUCGUUUGUUUCUCAAAAUAUACCAGUGUUCGUCAAGCUAUCUGCCUGUCAUCAUCUUCUAUCCCAGUUCCUCAACUUGCAUAUGAACCGGUACUCCAACUUUCUGGUUCUUAUCGAGAUAUGUGAAUAACUAUCCCGGUUCCCCAGACGUGAGCGAGAAGGUCGAUUCACAAAAACCAGCUUUUUGUUGUAAUCAUUAUUACCGGGAGAAUGACAGCUGCCUUCUGAUGAGCUGUGACGGUCAAGA